CUUUAUUUUUACAACACAGGUCGAGACAAUCUUAAAGUUUAGCACACACCAUAGCGACCAAUGUAGGUUUUUUGUUUAGUGCUGUAAUUCAUCAAACGAGUUUUAAACAAAGUUCGUGAUAAUUUAAUCCACGUGGUAACAACUAAAACGCGGUUUAUAGGUAGAGUGAGAUUUACCGUUAACGUAGGCUACACUGAAGCACGGAUCUAGAAUUAUUGAAGGAGAGUUUUGGUUUCCAUUAUAUGGAGUGGAAUGGAUUGAAUUUAGAUUUAGACAAUGCCUUCAUCAUUUCGCCAGCUUGCAUUUCUGACAUUUUGGGUCAUCAUCUCCCUAACGCUAUGGAGAGUAAAUCAGACACGGCCAGUGAUUUCACACACAGAAAGUUUUAGUCUGGGUGUCAUGCAAGGCCAGACAGCCAACAAUGUGGUACCGGUGCUGGCGUCGUCGUCAUUGAAGACGUUAAACUGGAGAAAAACUCGUCCAAAGUCAACAACAACAACAACUCCGACGACGACACUUAAGAAUUCAGCAAGACCAUCAACAUCAUCGUCAUCGGAGACAGAUAAACAAGUAGCUUUCUGCAAGUUCCUGUGUUCCAUGACCAACAGUUGUCCUGGGUCAUGCUUCAAUUCACUAUCACAGUGGAAUUAACACAAUGAUUUAACAUCACACUAUUAAUGAAGUGUAAAUUAAUAUAUAGUUACAAGAGAAGGAUUCAACAUCACACCAUUAAGGAAGUGGAAUUAACCUGAUGAAGAAUUAACAUCACAUCAUAAAUGAAGUGGAAUUAAUACAAUGAUUCAACAUCACACUAUUAAUGAAGUGGAAUUAAUACAAUGAUUCAACAGCACACCAUUAAUGAAGUGGAAUUAAUACAAUGAUUCAACAGCACACUAUUAAUGAAAAAAACAAAAGAGAGUAAAGUUUGUUUUAUUUAACGACGCCACUAGAGCACAUUGAUUUUUUAUCUUAUCAUCGGCUAUUGGACGUCAAACAUAUGGUCAUUCUGACAUUGUC